AAAUAAAAUAUUAUUUUAGUUUCCAUCUACGCAGCAGGAUUCGCUGGAAGUGGCAAAUGGAUUUUAAAAAAAAAUGGCAAAUUAUAAACUGUGGAGGAGCUCUGGAUGGCAAGCACAUUCGCAUUUUACCUUCUCCAUAUUCAGGAGCACAAUACAAUACAAUUAAAAUUUUAUAGUAUAAUUUUAAUGGCCCUCGUCAAUGCUAACUACGAAUUUAUUUUUGUCGACGUGGGCAAAAAUAGAGGAAUAUCUGAUGGAGGAGUAAUUGAAAGCACCAAAUUUUAUCAUAAGUUAAUACAUGGCCAGUUACAUUUGCCAAAUAAUACAGACACAAAAAACAAUUUCAAUUUUGUAUUUUUGGGCGAUGAAGCAUUUUCUUUAUAUGAAAACUUUUUAAAACCGUAUUCUCAAGGAGAUCUUUUUUAUAGUAAAAGAAUUUUUAACUAUAUACUAUCACGAGCGAGAAAUUUUUCGGAAAAUGCAUUUAGCGGCAAGGUUUAGAAUUCUGCAUACACCAAUACAUAAUGAAGAACCCGCAAAACAUAUGUUACGAUGUACUUGCUAUUCGUUCUCUCCACAAUUUUCUUAGGAAGCGUGAUACUUUUUAUACAACAUCAACAUCAUUUGAUCAAGAAAAUCUGAUAACUAAGAAGUUAAAGAUGGGUGAUUGGAG